UUAGUUACCAGAAAUAAUGGCUGCGUCCAGUUUGGCUAUUCUUUGUAGAAGAGUCUCAGACGUUCUGAAGGUGUCCAGGCCGUUAAUAACUCUUCAGGCCCCUACCAGCACAGGUUGCAGGAUUUCUCUUGGUUUGUUGCCUAAGAAUAUGCCAGAUGUCACAUCCCUUUACCAUUGUAGAUUACUUCAUACUACAUUAUCAAGAAAAGGACUGGAAGAAUUUUUUGAUGACCCAAAGAAUUGGGGAGAAGAAAAAGUAAAAUCUGGAGCAUCAUGGACCUGCCAGCAAUUAAGGAACAAAAGUAAUGAAGAUUUACAUAAACUUUGGUACAUCCUACUGAAAGAAAGAAACAUGCUCUUAACCCUAGAGCAGGAGGCCAAGAGGCAGAGACUGCCAAUGCCAAGUCCAGAGCGGUUAGAGAAGGUAAUAGAUUCCAUGGAUGCAUUAGAUAAAGUUGUCCAGGAGAGAGAGGAUGCUCUAAGGCUUCUUCAGACUGGUCAAGAGUACCCUAGACCUGGUGCUUGGAGAAGAAACAUCUUUGGAAGGAUCAUCUGGCACAAAUUCAAGCAGUGGCCUAUACCUUGGUACCUAAAUAAAAGAUACCGUAAGAAACGAUUCUUUGCAAUGCCUUAUGUGGAACAUUUUGUCAGACUGAGAUUUGAGAAGGAAGCCCGCAUCAGAACACGGAAGAAAAGUCUCGAGAAAAAGAAAGAAAAAUUUCUUCAGGAGAAGUUUCCACAUCUUUCUGAAGCCCAGAAGUCAAGUCUUGCCUAAGAUGUUUGAACUCUGGAAUUUACCAUUUUGUCUUUCUUACAUAAUAGUCUACAUACAAAAGUAAAUAAAUGUGUACCUAAGUGGUUUAUAAAGAAACU